AUCAUUUAUUAGCCGAACACAUUCUCUUAAACAGAGUGAAAUUUAAAUUUAUAGUAAAUCAUUUUUCGAAAAUGUCUUAUCCUAUCGGCGGGUAUAUUCUGGCUGUUCUUAGGGAAAAGCAGGAACCUAUGACUUUCCGGGCUCUUUUGAAAGACAUAGCCUCCAACCUUGAUGUUCCGAGUACCGACAUAAAGGACAAAGUACUGACUAUCUUGCAGACUGCCGUUUAUCGGGGAUUUGUUCAAAAACGUGGACACCGUUUUUUUGUGAAAGACGAAGUCCCAGAUGAAGAAAUAAAAGAAGCCUGGGAAUUAGUUAAGAAAGGACACAACAGGGGAAAAUAGCAAAUUCUUCUGGAAUUAACUCUCUGGAUUCUAAUGGCAUGGGACAUGUGGGGAAAGAUUCAAAGUUUUCGGAUUUUACUACGGAAAGCGAUGACUGGAGUUCAGAUGAAGAGAGCAUUUCAACAUUUGAUAAGCAGAAAGAUUGGAGUAUGGUAGAUAUCAGCAUAAAAACUGGUGAAAGCAGUUCCGAUGAAGAAGAAAUUUCGAUAUUUGAUGAAAAGUUUUUCCGAUGAAAAAAAAUGGUCCAUUAAUAUUGAGCAGAACGAUUCCAGAAUGUCAAUUAGCAGCCAAUGAAAGUUUUAAGAAUGAAGAAGUAUGGUGUUAAGGAAAGUCCUCGAUUUAUAGAGGACAGAUAUCAGUAACAAAACCCCAGGAUAGGUAAAUAAUAAGC